UUGUUUUAACAGAGACAAUGCGAGGGAUCUCCAGUACUUGAAGGAGUAUAAGCCUGAACGCGAUGACAAGUCCAGCUUCAUCAACUCUGUCAGCAGCGUCAUGCGAGGCAGAAUGGCUAUUCCUGCUUUGGCCAGUUCAACUACCUCUGACAAAAGUUUCACCAAAAAAUAUAAAACUCAUAAAAUCGUGACUGGAAGAGGCCAGUCAAAGACAUAUUAUAAUUUUGUCUUCAAUGACAUCAUGGGUCUGGAGAAAGGGGGUGGAGUUCAUGCUGAAGAGAUCAAACUGGCCCUGAAUAGACAUGUGAAGGAAGGCUACAAGUUCAACCCUGCAUCUCAUCUGACUACUAAGGAUCCAGGCUACAACCCAAGUCCCCCAACAGAUGACAGAGUUCAUGUUCUGACGAAGAUGGCGGAAAUCAGAGAGGUAGCCAGUGACAUAGCAAUGGCUUGA